AUGGGGGUGGUUAUGGAGGAGGCGGUGGUCAUGGGGGUGGUUUUGGAGGAGGGGGUGGUUUUGGAGGCGGCGGCGGGUGGAGGCGGUCAUGGAGGAGGUGGUGGUGGCGGAUAUGGUGGAGGCUUCGGAGGAGGUGGUGGUUUCGAUGAUCACCACGGAGGUGGCGGCGGCGGUUAUGGUGGAGGAGGAGGAUUCGGAGGAGGCGGUGGAUUUAGUUCAAGCGGGGGUGGUUUCGACGAUCACCACGGAGGUGGUGGGGGAGGUGGUUAUGGAGGUGGAGGAGGAUUUGGAGGAGGCGGUGGAUUUAGUUCAAGCGGGGGUGGUUUCGACGAUCAUCACGGAGGAGGAGGCGGUGGUUAUGGAGGAGGAGGAGGAUUUGGAGGAGGCGGUGGUGGUUUCGACGACCAUCAUGGCGGCGGCGGUGGUUAUGGAGGAGGAGGCGGUGGUGGUUUUGGAGGAGGCGGUGGACACGGAGGUGGCGGCGGUUUUGAUGAUCACCACGGAGGUGGAGGCGGUUAUGGAGGAGGAGGAGGUUUCGGAGGCGGUGGUGGUUAUGGAGGAGGAGGUGGAGGAGGCCAUGGAGGCGGUUUCGAUGAUCACCAUGGAGGUGGAGGAGGAGGCUUCGGAGGCGGUGGUGGAGGUGGAUACGGGGGAGGAGGUGGUUUUGAUGAUCAUCACGGUGGAGGAGGAGGCGGUGGUUAUGGAGGAGGAGGAGGCGGUGGAUUUGGAGGAGGAGGUAGUUUUGAUGAUCACCACGGAGGAGGUGGUGGAUUUGGAGGCGGCGGCGGUUAUGGAGGGGGUGGCGGACAUGGAGGAGGUGGCGGACAUGGAGGAGGUGGUGGAUAUGGCGGUGGCGGUGGACAUGGAGGAGGAGGUGGUGGCUACGGCGGCGGUGGAGGAUUUGGAGGUGGCCAUGGAGGCGGCGGAGGACAUGGGGGAGGUGGUGGAUACGGAGGGGGAGGUGGAUUUGGGGGCGGAGGCGGCCAUGGUGGUCAUGGAGGAUACGAUUAG